GAUUUUUCUUUUCUGCCAGAAUUUGAUCGCAAUCAUCGUCAGUUCAGAGGAAUAAAGUAUCUGCAUCAAUCUAUCAAAUUAUUGAACUUAAUUACACAAAUAAGAUGUCUCCAAAGGUUGCGAAAAAACGCUCUGUCAGUACCUCCGCAGAGUCACGUCAACCUAAACGCGCUCGUGUCAACCCCGCGUCUCCUACGUCAGGUACCUCUAUUCCCGCAGACAAGACAUUGAGCAAGACUGAAAUCAAUAAUGACAAACCCAAGACUACCACACCAAAACCGAAGUUGAAGAUCAUCCUUACCCUAAAGAAGGAUGCAGAACCAUCAAAUGCGCCUUCAAAAAAAUCCAAAGAACGGCCAAUUAAGGCUUUAAAGAAAGCAAGUCGAAAGAAAAGUGCGCGAACCAGUGUUAAAUCUCAAAAGCCCACCACAACUGGUUCUAUAGAUGAUGCACCAAGCAAGAAGAAGAAAAGGCAAAUAGAGGUCAAGCCAGAGAAGAUUCCAGUACCAUCGAGCAAGUCUCCCAAAGUGCCCCGAAAACAAUCAGCCAGACCUUCAGUAGAGGCGAAGAACACGGGUCCACGUGUUAGUCUCGAAUCUGUCAAGUCGACAACCUCCGAUUGCGUGGACGAUACACCGAGCAAGACCAAGCCAGAAACAAAGGUAAAGAAUAAUGCAGCACCUGAGAGAAAAAUCCUUACUCCAAAACCGAUAUUGCCCAAACCAGCAGCACCACCGGUAGCACCAGAACCACCAGCUACAUCAGCAAAAGAUGUGCCCAGCACAUCAGAAGUCGCACAAAACCAAGUUUCUGCUAUUCGAAAGCGAUCAAAUGACGUAGACGAAGCAAUAAUCAAGACUAAAAGCAAGACGAACGCAAACGCCAAUGAAAAUGCAAAUACAAGUACAACACCUUGCACAACCCGAUUCGUGCCCAUCAAUACUCCGCAACCAAAUUCGAGAGCACGGAAGCCUUUCAGAGAGCUCGAAAGUGCAGAAAACAACACCGCUGAUGGACAGACGCAACCAAACAAUACAGAAGACGAGCUCGAAUCAGAAGUGAUUACCAAUGAAUCAGAUCCUACAAAUACGACACUAUCAAAAUCACCGCCUCGAGACCCUGUCAAGCCAUUUGGUCCCAAGGAAAAGAAAGCCAUUACCAUUUGGAUGCGAGUCAACAAUGCAGCUGGAGCACGAGGUAAUCUUGCAGCUUUCCGAGACCUCUUAGACACUCUAGGUUGUCUAGACCCAAGUUUUGACCAUGAGAUCUUGGCGAAUUUUCAUCACCGGAUCGAGCGAUACAUUUUAAGAAUAAAGAAAUUAUUAAAGGAGUGUGGUGCUGUUUUAUUUCACGAAGACGAUAAGCUGGAAACGGAUCCGAUUUUUGCGGAUUGGACAGUUGUUUGGUUAGAAGAGGAUUGGGAUGGGGCUAUUGAUACGAGAGUAUACUAUACUGACAACUAUCUUGAGAAAUACUCACCUCCUCUUGAAGGAGGCAAUGAAAAUAAGCCUAUUGCAGCAGAACCACCAGUUGAUGAGCCAUUCGAAGAGGAGGCGGAGAUUCUUUAUGUUGAGAGUCCUGAUGAACGCAUUGCCAAUAUCGCCAAGAUCACCAAUACUAACACUAUUAAAGUCAGAGUAGUCCCAGAGUGUGAUCGUAAUCCUUACGGAAUGGCAGAUUGGUGGAAAUAGUGGCGAAGACUAAAGAAGUAUGGAUGAGGGAGGAAUUUCCGAAUUGUUUUGGCAUUUGCUUUGCAGAAUUUGAUAUGAUUGUCA